AAUGUCAGGCUGAAACUUCUGCCUGCCUCCAGUUGCCCACAUCCUGCCGACAGUCCUCUGUGUCUUUCCUACUAGGAAAGCCAUUUUGAGCCAUUUAAUGAUUAGCCUGCAUGCAAGCUUUAAAUUAAAAACAGCAGCUACAAUUAAUGGAGCCCACAGUGUCUUCUGCAGGCUGCAAAGACCAGUAGGGGGAAGAGUGGUGGCUUGUCAAGCCUGCUAAAUAGAAAUGGCCAGUUUCCAGCUCUCAAAAAGAGGAGAUGAUGGAUGAGGGAUGGGGAAGGAAAUAAUCUCAUACAAACAAGACUCCCUUAGGAGCAGCCAGCACAAGCUGCCAGUGAGCAUGAAAUGCUUGCGUGGGAUUUGUCUUCGUUUGAGAACAGGCCAUUUCAACUGCAGACACACAGAGCACUAUGUCACUGGCCUCCUGGUUCAGGUGGAAUGAGCCCCCAAGCCGCAUUUCCCAGAAGAACCCCACAGAAAUGGUGGUGGAGACGCUCAUGAUGGAGCUGAGCUGGCAGACCAAGCAGGCAGAGAAGCAGCAGCGAGAGCGGGAGAAUGAGUAUCGCAAGAUCAAGACUGGGGUGGACUACGGCUGGCUGGUCAGCUAUCCAAAGCAGAGCUAUGAUAUCAGCCCUGGAGAACGCCUGCAGCUGGAGGAUAUGUGUACCAAAAUCCACCCUUCCUACUGCGGGCCUGUCAUACUCAGAUUCCGGCAACUCAUUGCUGAAUAUGAACCAGAAGUGCAGGAAGUAUCCCGGCUCUUCCGCUCUGCCCUGCAGGAAGCUGCUGAGAAGAUCAAAGAAGAGGAAGAGGCCAAGAAGCUUGCCAGGCAAUGGACCACAAAGAACAAAACCAGCCUCUCCUUAACAACAUUUAAAUCCCGGUCCAGGAUUUCCCCAUUCAUCAGUGACAUCAAGACCAUCUCUGAGGAUGUGGAACGGGGCACCCAGCCCACCAGGAGGGUUUGGAGCAUGCCAGAAUUUCGGAAUGCCAAGGAUUACUGACUCUAUGUUGAAUAAGGUUUUUAGAUCUUUCAAAAUCCCAGUUAACUCUUUUCUAGCUCUACUGUUUCUCCUUUGUUCCUUCUCCCUGCCUGUCUUUUCUCUUGGAAGCUGUGUCCAUAGUAACUGCUGCUGAUGCCCACAGUGUGUGACACAAUUUAUUACCAAACAUGCUAGCCUUUCCUUUAAUUUAGUAGCUAAUCAGUAACCUUAAGGGCAAGGCUCACUGACUAUCCUCUUUUUAUGGCUGCUUUCUUGUGGGAAAUGAAUUAUUUUGCGAUGUCUGUCUUCUCCUCCCCCCCCCCCCCCAGGCUUGAUGUAGUUAUCUAGAAAAGCUUUUGGCCCAAGCUAGUGAGAGCUGCUGGCUGGACCAAUCUUGCUGAAAGCAAGACAGCCACUUAAAUGAGUAAGGCUUGCAGGAUCAGGCCUGUGAGUUAAAGCUACUAUCUGAUUUGGAACUGAACUUCCUUUUCCAAGUAAUAACCUUCCCCAGUGCUACAGGAAACUACACAGGUACUCAGCACUGCUCUUGAUCAGCUUUUUGCUGACAACUCACAAUCCAACCUGAGUAGAAACAGACCCCAAGCUUUUUGAGAUGAAAGACCAAUAUUAUUCCACAGCAACGGGUUUAUGCAUGCUCAGGUUUCUUGGCUAUUUUCUCUUUUGUGCAGGCAGAACCCCUUGAACCUUGCACCCGCAGAGUAGACAGAAAGGUAACAAUCUGCUGUGUAGAUAUACAGGCAGAUACAUCAGUGCUGUGACAAACGCUGUUCUUGGUCUUCAGUGUUCUGUGUUGCUGAGGUAAGUGCUCCACGCCACAUCCCAGUAAUAAGGCAGUGGGCUAAAAUUAAUGUUUAUGGCUAAGCCUGAAAGAGUACUAAAGUUUAGUAUCCAUGUACAGAGGCUGUUUGUGCAGAUGAAAUAGUUGAGAUCAUUUUAACAACCCUCUGCUGUGAGUGACUGAAGGGAAGAUGAAGGUUUGUUCUCUGUCUUCCCUCAUGGGUGCUCAGGAGAGAGCUUUUCAGUAUCACAGGCUGUUGGCCAGUGUGUUGAUACUAUUACAAAAGAACCUAGAAAAGGGCAGACUAAGAAGGGAUCUCAUCAAUGCAGAUCAGUAUCUCAAAGGUGGUGCCAGGAGGAUGGUGCCAGACUCUUUUCAGUGGUGCCCAGCAACAGGACGAGGAGCAAUGGCCAUAAACCGAAACACAACAAGUGUCACCUCAACAUGAGGAAGAACUUCUUUACGUGAGGGUGGCAGAGCACUGGGACAGGCUGCCCAGGGGGGAUGUGGAGUCUCCCUCUCUGCAGCCAUCCCAAACCCGCCUGGACACGUUCCUGUGUGAGCUGCUCUGGGUGGCCCUGCCUUGGCAGGGGUUGGACUGGGUGAUCUCCAGAGGGCCCUUCCAACACUAACCAUUCUGUGAACCUUUAGUGCAAAGGAAGUAGCUUGUAGGCCAGCAUGGUUCUGCUGGGACCUUGCAGAAACAGGAAAAUGCAGCUGAGGAAAAGCUACUAGGGCCCUAACUCAGCAUCUGUAGGGAGAGCUCUCACCAGCAAAGGAAAGAGAAUGGCAUGCAGUGAAAGUCAUGGGUCCUGUAGAGAAGCCAAGGGCUGGGAUGCUUUGUGGUGACCAGCAGGAGAUGGGGAAGGAAGAGAGGGAUUUCCCUGUAUGACUGGCUUUUGGAGAAUCAUCCCAGUGGGGCAGAGCCUUCUGAAGGACCCUGGAGCUUUGUUGUUCUUUUGUCUGUUUCCAGCUCUGUUCCCUGGAGUUCUUUGCAGAAGCAUGUGGGUACUACAGCCAAGAUAAAACCCUCUGAAGCUGCGCCAACUCUGGGAAGAAUUCCAGUACAUGAAAUCUGUCCUAGACUAGAAAUGUGCAGUUUCUUCUAGAGAUGGGGAGGGCAGCAUAAAAACCUAGAUCAAGAUCAAACCCUUAAGAGAUCUCUAAGACUAUGGGAUUCUGGCUCUUCCUCUUUCCCCUCUGGGAUAUCUAAAAUUGAAGACAACGCUUUCUUACCAGUACCAGGCUGUACUUUCUAGUCCCUUGGUAAAACACUGCUGUCAGCAACCCUCCUGGGGACAGAAAGCAGAAGCUCACUUUUAAUCAAAACCUCAGGGCUUCCAAAUACAGCAUCCAGUUUGGGAUGGGCUAUUUCACCUCUACAUCAGUGAGGGAGAGUUUAAAGCCUUCUGACAAUCAGCUUGGUGUUUUUCAGCUGUAUGUCCUUGUGAAGUAAUGUGGUUGUGUGUAUGAAGUAAAAACAAAGGCUUGACAUACUUAGCAUAGCCUUAGUUGUCUGAAAGAUGGGCGAUCUCUAGCAAGAGAUUGCCACAAUUUGCAGAAAAAUUCUUGUUUGGGAAAAAGUUAACCAUUUUUAUAUAUACAUACACAUAUAUACAUACCUAUAUAUGUGUGUAUAUAUAUAUAUUAGCAAGCCACGGGUGUGGUACCAAAGGCUGAGACGAGUUAAUGAAUUUCAUGCUACAGCUCUGUAGUAAUUUUAUUUGCACUCGCUUUUGACACCUUCAGUAUUGAUGCAAUAUUUGAUGGACUGCUGGGAGAGACAGGACAUUCUGACACACUGACACAGAGCUCUUUGUCACAGUACAGUGUCUGUAAUGUGCUCACUCUUUCUUAAGGAGAAUCAGGAGUAACUAACUUCCCUUCACCAGUGUACAAAGCCAAGGAAAUCACCUGAAGUGCGUUCGCACUAUCACAGCAGCCUGUGAUCACACUGUGUCCUUCAUUAACCACCUCCAGCUAGCAGGUACCAUUGUCCUUAACAGCCAGCAAAGGGAGACAAAUCUGACCUUUGGUCAAAGCCAUGGAUGUUAGAGGUCAGGCUGCAGCAGUGCCUGCCACAGCUGUUUUGCCUCAACUUACCUAUUGUUUCUAUUUCCUCAAUAAAAUGUGAUCCAAGCUUUUAAACAGCA